UAAUAUGAAAAUUCAGGCCUGCCAAUACAGUAGUACUAGCUGAUUUGGAACCGUCUUGUAUUAUUUGAAGUGUUUUUAGUCCUUUCAAUCCGACACCAUUUAAAAAGCCUUUGUUCCAAGUUGGAUGGUGGGAACACUGAGAAGUAUGCUACCAAAGAAUUGUAUUAUCUGCUAUGAAACAACAAGUGUUAACUUCACUGUGCCAAGGCCCCGGGCGACCAAGAGGUAGGGGCCAUUCCACAGCUGAGUUAACACGCAGUGAACGAUAAGGAGGGGGAGGUCUGGGGGGUGGGUAGGAAUACCCCCAUGCCCUUAGUUGCACGAAGCGGGAACGGGAGAGCGGAUGAUAAAGUGUGGGAGAGCGUUUAGGAAAAAUUAUUUAAGUUAUAUAAAUAUUUUUAUGUAUUUUACUAUAAUUAAAUGUCAAAUAGAAAAUAUUAUUCUACCACUUAAAUUGCAAAACAAUAUAAUAUUUAUAAUUUGGAUAUGUGAUUCCAGUUGUUCUCCGUAUCUUAGUUGCACGAAGCCGGGGCGGGACCGGUGGCGGAGGAUUAUAGGAGUUCCUCUUUCGGGACGGGGAGCGUUUAGGAGUAAUUGAUGUGGGCCAUACAAAGAGGUCACGAGAAUUUGGUAAUUUUACGUUUUUUAUUUUUAUUUUUUUUAUGGCCUUAUGGACUAGAUGGGUAUAACUGUAUAAGGAAGCCUUAAUUUGGCACAUGUGGGAUGAAUAGGGCCAACUUGGGAUAUUGGUUAGACAUGGGUUGGACUCACAGAAGUGUCUUUUGGUUCUAGUCAAGUCAAAAUGUCUCUUCAAAUUCUAGUCAAAGUCUUUACAGUCAAUUAGUUGAUCAAAGAGUCAUUUGGUUUUUCCAUGUCAUUAAUGUUAAAUGUAGUCAAAGUGUCAAUUAGUUGAUCAAAGAGUCAUUAAAUUUUUCCAUCUUUAAUGCAAUCAAAGAGUCUAUGUUCAAUGUGUCUUUGGGAGUCUAAAGGUUAUUUAUUUUUGGGAAGUUCUAGAGUCAAGUUGAAAUGGGUAUAAAUAAGAUUGUAAGCCUUAUGGCAAAUCGUGAUGAGUGAUGAUAAAAAUUGAGUAGCUUUCAAGCUAUUGGCUAGAUUGUGUGAUGCAAUUUUUUCUUUUGUGUGAUGCCUUAGGUUUUCUAGGUGUGAUGCCUAGACCUAUCUUCCUAAAACCCCAUCUUCUCUUUCUAUUGUUCACAGUCCCAAAACAUUCACUUCUCUUCGUGUUUGAGCAUAUCCUUGGCCGCAUUCAAAUCCCAUCCUACAUCAAAUGAUGCGGUUCAUGAUUAAUGCAAUGGGUAGUUUGGUAGUCUUAAAAGAUUCAAUGAUUUGGGAUGAUGAAGGGCCUACUUGGGAUAUUGACCAAGCGUGCAUCCUUAAAGGCUGUGACUUUUCAUUUAGGGAAGUUUGACCACAUAUUCAAUUCAUGCAACCAUUAGACAACACAUGUUGGAUUUUGUCCCACAUUGGUUAAUUAUCUCCUCCAAAACUAGUAUAUGAGCCUGGGCGGCCUCUCCACUCUUUGCCAAUUGGUUUGGAGUUGGAUGCUUUAACAACACAUUCAUUUUAUCCAGCUAUCUAGGGGAUGGGAACAGUCUUUGGUAUUAAACACAUUCAUCCUAUUCAGCCAUCUAGGGAAUAGGAAGUCUUUGGCAUUAAACACUUUAGGAGCCUAUAUAUUGAUGUACUUAAAAGGUUUGAGAUAUGAUGAUGAUUGAAUGAAUGAAAAAUUGAGUAGCUUUCAAGCUCUUUGAUUGUGUGAUGCUAAAGAGCCCCUAGGUGUGAUGCCUAGACCUAUCCUUCUUUAACCCUUCAUCUCCUCCUUACAAAUUACUAUUCACGUCUACUGUUCACAACCCCAAAAACAGCCACUUUCUCUUGUGUUUGAUUAUACUUGGCCUUAUUUCAAUAUCGUCCUGCAUCAAUUUGGUAUCAGAGCGAGCUUUGCAUCAUGUCUACACGAUCUGGCAGACCUUUUAGAGGACGAUUAACUAAGUUCCAGCGGGAUGAGAUUCUUGAACUCUUUUCAAGAUUGUGGAACAACUCGAUAGUUUUCGUUAUCGGCUUAAUUCAUUGGAAAGCCGAUCAACUCAGAGGAAGGUGAUGAAUAAUCUUAGUGUGAAGGGUAAGAAAGACCAGAUUUCCAAGCAUGAAAAGCCUUCUAUUGACUGUUCAAAAGAAGCCCAACAAUCUCCUGCCGUUGCUCUUAGAGAGACUCUUAAUGUUUCAUGUGUUGCUGCUGUGGGAGAAUCGAAGGAACUGGUUGUUGGUCCUGUGUUUGAAAUGUGCUUAAAGGUCUCUAAUUUGUCGUCCGAGUCUUCUAGUGAGUCGACCGCAUCAACGGCUAUUGCUGAACAUCAAAGUUCGAUGUCUCUAGUAUUCAAAGAUGCAGAAGAUAAUUUAAACCAAGUCAUAUUGAAAGAUUGCGAAAUUAUCAAGGAUUAGAUGCUUCCUAUUAAAGACUCAGAUGAUUUCCUCGAAGACAUUAGGGUUGAGAGUGGAGAAUCCAGUGUUCCAUCUUCUAACAAGCCCAAUGAAGUGAAGCAAGCAGUUUAUAGUUUGGAAAGUAAUAACCCUUCAAUAGUGACCGGACAGCUUCCAAAGCUUGCUGAUUUAGUACCAAAAGAGAUGACUUAUGAACCUUGCUGUUGCGUUGGUGAUCAACGAACAACAUAUCUUAUUUUGAGCUCCAAAUCGCCUGAUCACAUGUGUUCAUGGAAGCAUGGAAACUCAAAAAUUCCGCCAACUUCUAUUUUCAUCCGGGAGGAUUUCAAGGAUUUUUCUUCUACUUCAAUUAAUUUCAUCAUCCCAGAGAAAUUCAACUUCGGAAAUGGAAUGACAUUGUUACUUUCUUUUCUUCCACCUAUGAAGAAGAUACAACAACUUCCAUAUGCAGAUUUAGAUAUGAAGAUAAGGUUCCAAUUGAAAAGCUUAUGGACUACCAUUCUUCAACAUUUCAAAACUCGAGGUCGAGUUUUCUCUAACAAGGGGAGAAAGAUGCGGUCCAUGAUUAAUGCAAUGGGUAGUUUGGUAGUUUCAAAAGGUUCAAUGAUUUGGGAUGAUGAAGAGCCUACUUGGUAUAUUGACCGGGCAUGCAUCAUUAAAGGCUUUGACUUUUCAUUUAGGGAAGUUUGACCAAAUAUUCAAUGCAUGCUAGUAGAAUAUUAUUAGUCCCACAUUAUAUAAAUAAGACUUGAUUGUGUUAGGGUUAGUUAACACCCUAUACACAACAUGGUAUUAGAGCAUGAACAUAACAGGUGCACCCGAACACUUGUAGGGGUAAUGAGUGGAGAGGCCAACUAGGAAAUAAAAUCGUAUGGGGUAUCUGGCCACCUAGGACUCUAGAUGGCAUACAAUUGAUCAAAUAACGUGCUGUAAGAACAACAUAACUCCAGUAAGACUUAUGAACUUGCAUUUGAAAUAACAGUGAACACAUAAGCUCUGAUAAAUGCCUAAUCUUGCGUUUGGCAACUCCAUUUUGUUGUGGAGUUCAAGUGCAAGAAGAUUGGUGAAUUAUACCUGUUAAAGCAUCCAACUCUAAACCAAUUGGCAAAGAGUGGAGAGGCCGCCCAGG